GCUGCCGGAAGUUCCGGUGGGCUUGACGUCACUUCCGCCGCGAUUCUUGGGAGCGUCGAGAUGGAUGCCCUGCGGGCCCGCGAGCAUCUCCGGAGGCGAUACCCGUUCUCGUCGGACGCCAAGGCCUCGCUGGACGGCGAGGGCCACGCCAGGCCGGAAACCAUUACAGCCGUUGAGCAAAAGGAGCAGCCUCUUCCAAGACUUAAUAUCCAUUCUGGAUUCUGGAUAUUGGCAUCCAUUGCUGUGACCUAUUAUGUUGAUUUCUUUAAAACUAUUAAAGAAAACUUUCACACUAGUAGUUGGUUUCUCUUCGGUGGGGCCUUGUUGCUUGUCAGCCUGUCCAUCGCGCUUUACUGCAUCCUCUAUCUGGAGUGGUAUCACGGAAUUGGGGAUUACGACGUCAGGUAUCCAGCCUUGAUACCCAUUACAACCGCCGCCUUUAUCGUAGCGGGGAUUUGCUUCAACAUCGCUUUAUGGCACGUGUGGUCGUUUUUCACCCCACUGUUAUUGUUUACUCAGUUUAUGGGGGUUGUAAUGUUGAUCUCACUCCUCGGAUGAUUUACAAAGGUUUAAGGGCACGUCCACUUAAAGCGAAUGAUUACACAUCCAGCUACUUAUAAUCCAGCUACGGAAAGCAUUGCAGACGUAGUGGGAGAGCUGCAGUAGUUCUCUGCGUCUUGAAGUGAGUGAUUUCCUGGGAAAAACUGUGACUUUAUAGAUCUCUGAUUGAACUCAGAAUAAAUUUCAUUUGCAUAUUCUUAAA